ACGUGAUUUUACGUGUCAGUUUACAUUCUUCUCUUAUCUCGUUGCCGGUUGUUAUUUUCUUCAAUCGUCAUUUCUCAGAUUACGCAACAAUGGCACUAAGUGAUCAAGAUUAUGAUACUGAUGAUGAAGACCAGCUACAAUCAAGUCAGCCGUAUGGUGUGAGAGAAGCUACCUUAUUUCUCGUUGAUGCAUCUGAAAAAAUGUUUGACAAGGAUAAAGACGAAAAUUUGAGUUAUAUACAAAAAUUUUUAAAGCUUUAUAAACAAAUUGUACGGCGAAAGCUAGCAUGGAAUAUGAAAGAUUAUUUGGGUGUAAUAUUAUUUGGCACAGAAAAGAAUGAUGCGGAUUCAGCGUGGAAAAACAUUCAGACCUUACAAAAACUGAAAGUCGUCACCGUGGAUGAUCUCCUCUUAGUCAGAAACUUGAAAAAAAAUAAUAUGAAAGACUACAAGAGCUUGAAAUCUAGAAAUUAUCCUCUCCACGAUGCUUUGGCAUUUGCAAUGGACAUCUACUUGAAUACAAAAACUGUGUUUACAAAACGUAGAAUAAUUCUUAUUACUUGUCACAGUCCUGAAUUGACCAAUGAGGAGAAACAUAGCAUCCGAGUCAAAGCAGGCUCUUUAAAAGAUUUGGAUGUUGAGUUGCAUGUGAUCAGUAUGGACAAGAACUGGGUAGUCGAUCAGUUUUACAAAGAUUUAAUAAUGCUGUCGAAAACAACAAACGUAGAUGGUGAAAUGUCAGUGGUAGACCUGGUGCAGCAGAUUCAAGUACCGAACAAGAACUUAGGGCGCUUGUGCUUUAUAAUAACUGAUGGUUUGGAACUCGAUGUGGCUAUACGUACUCUGUGCAGAAAACGUAGAUCAUUGCGGACAAAGUUAUUGAGUAAAGCGACCAAUGAAGUGUUGACGAGAACUACGUAUUUCAAAGCAAAUGAUUCCGAUAACGAUGAGGAAAAUAGUGACGAAGACGACUUUAACGUACCGUUCAUGAUACCAGAGGAAGUUCGUUUCGUAACGAGGGAUGAGAUCGGCAAGAGGAAAUUGCGCUUUACGCGAGAAGAACGUGCCAAAAUGAAGCAUCUCCAUCCAUCGUCCAUCAAAGUAAUAGGCACGAGACCUUUACCUGAUGAUCUUUUCAGAUAUCAUGUUAAUCGAAAGUUCUUUGUUACACCGGAUUACGGCAGCACUCGUAAAGACAAUCUUCUGGUCUUUGGUGCUUUUCUAACCCAGUGCGCAGCUAAAAGAAAAAUGAUAGUUUGCGCGAUCACAAUGCGGAAAAAUACUCAAACUAAUUUGUGCUACAUGAUACCGAACGUUGAAUGGGGUGGUUUUUAUUUGUCAAAGGUCGCAUUUCAAGGAGACGUUGGAGACAAAAGCUCGGUACUGCACCUUUAUGAUACACAGAAUUCUGUAACUGACAAAGAAGUCAAGUUGUGGGAAAAAACAAUCGAUCAACUGGACAUAAAUUAUCACCCGCAUAUGUUCAAAUCCCACAAGUUGGAAUGUCAAAUACAAAUGGUAGAGAGAUUAGCUUUGGACAAGGAGCCUGGUGAGCCGCCGAUUAAUACCAUGGAACAGUCAUUUACGAAGGCCUGCGAGAAAGUAAGACCCUUAAUACCUGAGUUUAAGGAAAUGUAUUCCAACACAUUCAAUGAACCUUCGAAACCAAAGCGAGCUAGGAAGAAGUAAAAAACAAACAGCAAACAUGCAUUUUAUAAUCAUUGAAACUUUAUAUUUAAAAAUUAAAUAUUUACUUUAAUAUUAUGAGAGAAAUAUUUUGAUAUAAUCUUAAUAAAAUUUUGCAAUUGUAUACACAUUAUAUCAAGUAAUGAAUGUUUACAUAUGUUAUGUGUGAAAGAAGAUAUCUAAGAAAAACAGUUUUAUAAUUAUGUAAUGUAAAUAAAGUAUUAAUUUGUGGACCUUUUA